AUGGCGAAAUCAAUGGCGACUCUGGAUUCUGGCACCACCUGCUCCUCCUGGACUUUGUCCGGUCACCGAUUAGCCGCCGGAUCCUUAGAUGGAAACAUCUCCGUUUACGACUCUCCUGUUCCUUCCGCUUCGUCUUCUUCAUCUUGCACUCGCACUUCCAAAGUUAGGGUUAGUGAAUCGAGUGUUGUAAAGAUCGUCUGGUUACCUUCUGAAUACGGCGAUGCAGUAGCUUGCAUUUGCGAAGAUGGGAGUUUAUCGAUUUGGGAAGAGGUCUCUCAAGACUCACAUGUUCUUGAGUGGAAAUUGUGUAAGAGUCUCAAGAGCAAUUCUAGUCAAGUGCUUGAUGUUCAAUUUGGAGUUACGAGGAAGAGUCUAAAGAUGGUUGCUGCAUAUUCUGAUGGGUACCUUAGGGUUUUUGAGCUGUUGAAUCCAUUGGAAUUAAAGAAUUGGCAACUUCAGGCCGAGUUUCAGAAUGUUAUCGAUUCUCUAUCGACUCUUGGUAAACCUUCUAGCUUAUCCGCAUCUGUUUCUUGGAAUCCUGUGAAGAAUGAAGAGCAAGAACCCAGCUUUGUAUUAGCUUUCAACUCUGAUUCUCCGCAUCUUAAUUCUUCCAAGAUCUGGGAGUUUGAUGAAGCUCAUAACAAAUGGUUGGCGGUAGCAGAAUUAGCCUUACCAGAAGACAAAGGUGAUCCAGUUUAUGCUGUGUCCUGGGCCCCUAAUAUUGGCCGACCAUACGAAGUUGUUGCUGUUGCAACUCAUAAAGGCAUAGGAAUAUGGUAUGUUGGUCUAGCUCCUGACCAUGAAGGAAGGCUUCCGGUAAAGAAGGCAUCCUCGCUUUCUGGUCAUCAAGGCGAGGUUUGGCAGAUGGAAUGGGACAUGAGUGGCAUGACUUUAGCCAGCACUGGAAGCGAUGGGAUGGUCAAGUUGUGGCAGUCAAACUUAAAUGGGGAGUGGCACGAACAGGCCAUGCUUGAACCAGUUUCCUCUUAG